GAUAUUAUUAUUUAGAUAAUAAAUACAAAUGAUAUUAAAAUGUAUAAUAUAAUAUUGUGUUAUAAUUUUUUUCUUUUUGUAUGCUCACCGCGUCGUGUUUCGUGAUGCUGCCGCCGCCGCGCGUUUUGUACAACACCGUACAAUGUGAUUAGAGAUUAGUGUUUUGUACGUAUGUGUGUGUGUUACCGUGCGCGUGUUUUUACCGAUUUUUAAUUGCCACCGCGUUGUUAUUGCGGACAAACAACACUGCACAGUGCACACCACGAUAAUAAUUAUUAUAUAAUAUUAUAACACUAUUCAAAAUUAUAAUAUUGUAAUGCAAUAUUGUACGUAAUAUGUGUACGUACUAUACGCGAUAUACGUUUAAAAUAUUGUAAUCGUUUCGACGUUAAUUUCGUACGAUGCACUGUCGCCUGUACUUAUCUAGUAGUAGCGGUAGUUGUUGUCGCCGUCGUCGAGUUUUUUAAUUUCAUAGUUUGGUACUUACGUCAUUGUAAUAUUCACGUGUUGUUCGUCCGAUAAAAAUGCUAUAGAGUCAUCGUUUUAUCGCAUUCAAAUGGAAUCCAUUGGACGUUCCACUAUCAUGGGUAGCAACUCUAAUACUUCAGUGUCCACCAUUGCCAACGCCACCUCCUCGGCCGUAGUUGGACUCUUACUGUCAGAAGCCAGACCUUCAGUGGCGACCAUCACAAGUAAUACAAAAACCAGGGGGCUGUGUCAUGACGACAAUCAUAGAUUGCCAUUGCAACACUGCGCUAACAGCAGCAAYGUCAUACAACAUCACCAAUUUCCUUCUAUACUAGUAGCACCGUCGCCACCGUCAUUGAUACAUUCUACUCAAACUGGUUCAAUGUUACCUGCAUCACCACAGUUGAUGCUAUCAACGACAACGGUUACGACCUCGGGAGUGAUUCCACAAUUUCAACAGCACAAUGGACCUCAUCAGUUGGUUACAGCUGCUACUGCACCAGUGUCUGUUGCUUCUAUAGUCAUGCCCACUUCCAAUGUUACCACCGUUGGUAUGGCGUUGAGUCCCUUUGGUAUAUUACCACACGAACGUGUGGUACCGCAUAAUUCUCAUCAUCGAAACCUGCACAGAAAACAACCGGGUCAACAAUCUUCUAAAACUUUAAUGGACACUAGUAAUACUAGCGCCACACAAAUAUUAACCUCACCAGUUAUAAACUCACAACGUUUCUAUGUUGAGCCUACUCAUCUCAGCAACAAAGUUAAACAAUAUGACAUUCAGUCACAGCCACAGCCACAGCAUAGAAUCAAAAUUGUCAAUAGCAUCUCAGAUAAAAGUCUGCCAGUUGUAUCCAGUGCGUAUGUUCCCCAACCAUAUGAACAACGUUACCAACCAAGAACUGCAUCACAACAAGUAGGUUAUUUGUCAGUUAUUACUCGUACUGCAGUGCCAACGACAAAUGGUGUAAUGAAUGACAUAACAGCAAACAAUAACUAUUAUCAAGCACAGCCUAUACCAUUACAGUCAAAAACUUCUGACAAUAAUGACAGACAAUAUUACCAUUUCGAUAGUACAGUCUCGGCUAGUCAAACACCUCAACAGCAAUUAGACAAUAUUUUACUAAUGGGGACUCCAGUUCAACGUGGUGAUCCUAUGCAUAUUGUUAAAAAUUUACAAUCCAUGCAGACUGAUAUUGAUUGUUAUGGUGUUAAAAAAAUGAUUGACCAACAACCUAGGUUAUUGGCUACUGACAAUAGUAAAACAAUUUCAUCAACAAGUUUGUUAGGUAAUAGUAGUAAAUGYAUAAUAGAGCAUCAGCACCAGCAUCUCCAACAGAUGCCCAAAUCUUCUGUGAUUGAUCCAUCAUCGUCCUACAAUGGUCAAUAUUUUGAUAGACGUCAGCCACCWCCUGCACAUCUUCAUCAGCAUCAUAAUCAGCCACAUUUACAGCAACAUAUUGUCACUGGUAAUACCAAAAUUUUACCUACACCUACAUCUUUAACUGUUGUUUCUGCUAACGGAAAUACAUAUUUGGAUGUACAGCAGCACCAACGCCAUAGUCGUUGGAACUUGGACCAUCAAAAACCACCCAUUGUAUCAACUUCAUCAUGUUUUACCGGUAACAUUUCCUCUGGCRUAUUUCAUCAGCCACCGCUGCAUCAACACCAUCAUCAACAGUACAAUAAUACAGUUCAAACAUUUAAUGUUCAACCACCACCAUCCAGCGUUCAUCAUCAACCUCAACAUAUUUCACAACCUGCACAUCAUAAUAAUUUUACUGUGUCAUCAGUAAAUCCAACAUAUUAUAGUCCUACAACUACAAUGAUAUCACCUACUGUAACCACUACCAGCCCAUCAYUAUCAUUGUACAAUCGAUCACCAAGUAAUAAUCAAAGACAGCAUGCUAACAUUUUUCAAGACUUUACCAAUAAUUUGCAAGGCGGUAGCUAUGUUGUAAAUGAUGAUAACAGAACUUCAUCUUUACCACAUGUUAUAGUUCCAAACAUUGAAGAGGAAUUGAGUCACCUUUGUGAUGACUCCACUGCUACUACAAAUACCACUAACACUACUAUGGCUAAACCAAUAAAUAUCACUAAUCAAAAACCUUCGUUUAUURAUAGUUAUAUAAAAUUUAUACAUGGUGGUGCAAACAGUAUGACUGAUAAAUUAGAAGAUGAAUACAAUGAUAAAUCAAAAAAAUUAUCAAGACCACUAUCAUCGUCAUCGCCAAAACCAAUAUCUAAGCCUUAUGUGCCUUUACCAAAACCAAAGAUUUUACCAACUACUGAACAGACAUCAUCUCGUAAUAGUUCUGGUGAAGAUAUUAAGAAGAUAAAUAAUGUUACAACUACYACAACAACAACAGAUGAUGAUCCACGAUAUUUUCCUUUGCCUAAAACCUCAUCAUCAAUAGCCGGUAUAAGUGACGACAGAAGUGAUGGCAGUAAUGGUGAAAACAGUUGGUUGUCGGCAGAUGAUGAACAUGAUCAAUGGUGGAUAUCUUCUUCAAAAGCACCUAGUAGUGCAGCAGCAACAUCAGUGAUAAAAAACAAAGUAGAUGUUAUAAACAAAACAAAAAAAAAUAACAGCACCAUGAAAAAAAAACGAACAAACUCUGUCGUACCAAUAAAAAAACAAAAAAUACAUCAUGUACAACAACCUACAAGACAAUUAUCUCAUCGGUUGGCUAAGGAAAAAACUCAACAAUUGCUUAGCAGUUUAAAUGGUGAAUUGGAUGUAGAUGAUGAUGUAUUAUCAGAUACUGAUUCUGAUGUUGAUCCAGCUUGGAUACCAAACAAUGACGAUAAUGAUGCAUCUAAAAAUUCCAAUACAAUUAAUAGUCGUCAUAAAAAGUACUCAAAAGAGCUAGGUUCAAAUAUUGGUCGUCCACCAUCAACCUCAUCUUCAAUCAWUAAUAAUAAUAAUAAUAAUGAUCAAYUAGAUGAUUCAACCCUAUUUAAGUCCGGUUCAUUUGUGGCACUUAAACGUGAAUUUUUGGACAGUGAACAUAUGAAUCCACAACAUAUAUGGAGAGUUGACGGAAAAUCAUUGCUACAAAAAUUUACUCGAUGUAAUGACAAUUUGUAUAAGAGUGUGUCAACUUACACUGGUUGGAGUCCUUCACAUUAUAGCAUGUACCGUCAAGUUGAUGUUAGAAUUAUUACAACAGAUAAUGGUGACAAUGUUAUUCCAAAUAAGUCAUCAACAGUUGAAAUUUUAGUACAAUUAUUAUCUGAUAAUGACAACAAACCAGAUCAAAAUAAUACUGUAGUCAAGACCACUAGUUCUGCUUAUUACCAUAUAUCAAAACUAAAAAUUGAUGCCAUAAACUCUAGUUUGUCUACAAACUCUUCUGCUUUUGUCGAUGAGCAGAGUGUCAUGCUACGUGCCAAUUUUGAUGUGUAUAUCCAAUCAUUAGCAUCACAAGCGCUAGACUCAAAUUUUCUGGAAGAGAUUUAUCGCGAGAAUGAUGAAUACUUUUUAAGCAAUCUUCGUGCUAUUGAAACAGUAACACAAACUUGGAAACAAACUAUAGAUUCUACAAUUUUAAAAGAUUUAGCAACCAAUUUGUCCAAAGAAGAAAAUAUAUGCUCAGUUAUUGCAAAGUACCCAAACAUGGAAAUUUGUUCAAUAGAUGAAAAAUCAAGGAAAAAUAUUAAUUUGCGCUGCUUAGUAUGUGGCUAUCAGGAAUUUAUGGAGAAACAACAAAAGAACUUUGUCGAAAUAUCUCUAUCUGGCUUGGAGUACAGUUCUCGUACAUUAAAAAAUAUUGAUUCUAAUAUAACAUUUUCUAAGAUUGUGCCUGUAAAGCGUUUUCACUGCUGUUCYAGCGCUCAUUGCGCAGAUAAGAUAACUAUCUUGCAUAGUCUUGAACACCUUAAAUAUUAUAUUUACAAAGAAUGCUGCAAGCGUGUCACUGCUGAGAAUGAAAAUAGCUGUAAUGGUUCAACUCAUGAUACAACCACUGUUCUAAAUCGAUUGUUAGCUGAUGACGAAUGGAUUGAGAAACUGUUUCAUUUGGUAUGUAAUACAUGGUCACAAGCUAAAAGUAUUGUUUCAAAACUCCAAUCAAAUCGCAGGGCAGUUUCUUCUUAGUAAUUUCAUUGGUAUAAUGUAUAUUAAAGGUAUACGAUAUUUUUAAUAAACUAUAAUGGUAAAUUAUUAAAAUUACCAUUAUCAUAUCAUAGUACCAACAGCCUUUGUUAAUUGUUUAGUGCCUUUCUCCAUUUUAUUAUUGCCAUUGUUAAAUUUUGUAUURUAUCCAAAUUAUUUCUAAAGGUUCUAAAAGUUACCUUUGUACUUUUGACGUUAAAUGUUUUAUUUUUUUACAAUAUUAUACAAUUUGUAUUUGUUAUGUUUUCUUAAACAAAUCAUGCAAUGUCAUGAUUUUAAUAAAUAUAUAUAUAUAUAUAUAUUGUUACCAUAAAAGACUGUUUACUUGUCAUGGUCAGUGGCGCAAUUUCAAUACAAAAAUAACUGGGGGUGCUAAGUCCCUUAAUUUUUUUGUUAGCCUACAAAUUAUAUUGAUUAUAAGGGUGUUAAUUUCAAAACUGAAGGUAACUAGUAUCCCCAUUUAUUGCACCUAUGGUCAUAACUUUGAUUUAAUCAAUACCUAUAAUUUGGUAUUAAAUAAUYCUUGUAUUAUGUUAAUUAAAGAACAUUGAGUCAAAUUUAUAGUGAAUUUGUCUCUCUAAACAAUUUAAUUUUUAAAAUUAUUCAAUAAUUUCACUUUUGUAUUACAUUUUCA